CUCCAUUCCAAGGAAAUGGGCACGACUCUGAUGAGUCUCCGCUGCUAUCCCACACGUCUGUCGAAAGCCUUCUCAAUCUGAAGCAUCUGAAGAUAGCUUUGCGAUACUAUAGAGAGCUCGGUAUCCACUACUGAAGCUCCUGAUGGAGGUCCAUCGUAACCUCUCAACGGGGACGGAAACCCGUACGGCCCAAUCAAUCCUCAAAUCCGAGCCCAAAGACGAGUUUACGAGGCUGUAUGAACGGUGUAUUGACGAUGAAACUGUUCCGACCCUUUUCGGCUCCAAGGCACGCAUUGCUGAACUCGGCGACUAUGUCCAACUACUGUCGUCUGCUAGAAUGUUGAGACAGGAGCCGAUCAUUCAUACGAGGGAAGAUCUUUGGAUAUUCGACCUUGAUAUCCAAAGUUCGGAUGCCGUUCUAGGCUCAGGAUCGCCGCCGGUCAUCUGGGUUAUCGGGGACGGGGACUGGAGGGUCAGGCUGAGGCUUGGGAUGCGGCUUGUUAUUCUCUUCCAGGAGAGAAAGACUCAAAGUCGAUCGCAUCUUUCUGUCGAUGUGUUGGAUAGGACAGUACAAUGUUCUUGCUCAGAAAUCCCGAUCAAGUUGUACCGUUGUCAGAAUGCUAACGUGUAUCUAGAAGAGUACGGCUGGCCACACGAGGCAAUGGAUUCGAAUCAGAAUGGGACUGUCGGCGAUUCAGAGAGACGACAUCUGAAUGAUCAUAGUAACAGAGACGGACUGGAAAGGACUGAGGAAAACGGACGGACGCCCGACAAUUUACAUUUUUUCUAAAAGCUUCCUUCGGGGCCUGCCUCGUCUUGCUAUACCACCCCGCCCCACCCUCAUGAGCCCAAGACGCUCGAGCGGCGGGAUGGAUUGGGUGCGGAGCACGCAAGCCCAUUCGAGGAACUCCCAGGUGACUCGGAGACAGGGACAGGAGUACAUUGUCUUGGUUCUCCUAUAGGAGUGUUUGCCGAAGGGGGAGCACGUG